GGGACAACGCAGUCAGUCGAGCUUUCCUGACACUGGUCAUUAGUAUUCGAAUAAUAUGUAUUAUGAUAACGCUACGAGCUUUCGUCGGUGCUCCAGGCUGAUAGACUGUCUGAUGCACUCAACUGAUAAGAUGGGUGUUCCCCACCACCCCGCCAGAGCCCGGUAAAUAGUACAAAGCCCGCUGGGGACUAGCGGAGGGGUCGAGAGCGUUGGAGCUCUUCCAUGGACAUGAACUUAUCGACCUGCCGUUUUAAGGGCUAGUUUCGUCCAAUCUUCGCCGAUGUCUACCUAUCGUAGUUUCCGAUGGAGGGGUUGAGAUCUUGAUACGAGGAGUCUAUGGGUAUAUAUAUAUUGAUACAGUUACCCCUCUCAUGUCUUGAAGACAGGUCUAAUGCCUGAACUUACAUUAAACACCUUCCCUCAGCAUGGCGAUCACUUCCUGGGAAUCUCUGGCGAACGAAAAGCGUCAGGCGACCUUAAAUGCGAUCCCUACAAAGUGGAGAAUCCAAGAGCCAAUCCCUCCACCCUCAGAGCUCCGUGAUGUGACAGGGACAUACAUCCAGAAAUUCCUGACCCCUCGAGAGAUCGAGAUCACCGAGCUGGAUGCAUAUGGUAUUGCCGAGAAAACGACCACUGGAGAGUGGACGGCUGUCGAAGUGACCGAGGCAUUCUGUCAUCGGGCGGCUCUUGCUCAUCAAUUCGUGAAUUGUCUGCACGAGGUCUUCUUCGACUUAGCUAUCGAAGGCGCGAAGCGGCUUGAUGCCUACUUUGCUGAGCACAAGAAACCACUUGGGCCUUUGCACGGUGUGCCGAUCAGUCUGAAGGACCAAUUCCACGUGAAAGGCGUAGAAACAACGAUGGGCUAUGUCGGCUGGAUCGGCACCUUUCAAGGCCUGAAAGACGACCCCAGAAGCAGGGUGUUUGAGAGCGAGCUUGUUCGUGAGCUGCGGGCCCUGGGGGCGGUGCUCUACUGCAAGACCAGUGUGCCCGCGACCCUCAUGUGCGGAGAAACAGUCAACAACAUCAUCACCUACACCAAUAACCCCAGGAAUAGACUACUCGGUUGUGGAGGCAGUUCCGGUGGCGAAGGAGCACUGAUUGCUCUGAAAGGAUCACCAGGUGGUUUUGGAACAGAUAUCGGCGGCAGCGUGCGUAUACCUGCCGUAUUCAACGGGUUGUAUGGCAUUCGCCCUUCGUCAGGUCGGAUUCCAUAUGAGGGAGCUGCCAAUUCCAUGGAUGGCCAGAACACGAUUUUGUCAGUUAUUGGACCACUCGCUAGCACAGCGCGCUCGCUGCAGUUCCUUUUCAAAGCUGUCCUUGAGCAGCAGCCGUGGCUUCACGACCCGCUUGUGCUUGAAAUUCCUUGGAGGAGCGAGCUCGAGCAGGAGACGCGUACGUUGGUGGAGCAGUCUGCGAAAGACCCCUCGAAGCUUACAUUCGCGAUAAUGAAGCACGACGGGAUUGUUAUGCCUCAACCUCCAAUUGCUCGUGCUUUGGACAUUGUGGAGCGGACCCUCAAGCAACUGGGCCACAAGGUCAUUGAAUGGAGCCCGCCUUCGCACAAAACCGGCAUGGAGCUAGCUGACGCCGCUUACAGCCUGGAUGGUGGCGCAGAUGCGCAGUACCAUUUCGGUUUAUCUGGAGAGGAACCCGCGCCGCAGCUCAUAGUGGCUACUGGACUGCCUCAAAAGACAGCUUUGGAGAUUGCCAAAAUCAACGUCGCGAAACGCGAGUACCAGAAACUGUACAUGGACUACUGGAACUCAACGUCAGAGGUCACCGGCACUGGGAGGCCAGUCGAUGCCGUCAUUUGUCCGGCAGCACCCCAUGCCGCUGUGAUUCCGACUCAGUAUAGCCAUGUGGGAUACACCUCGGUCAUCAACGUGCUGGACUACACCAGUGUGGUGAUUCCAGUUACACAUGCGGAUAAGAGCGUUGAUGUCAAUGUCUCUCGAGAAUUCCUUGGAGAACUGGAUGAGAAUUCGUACAAGAACUAUGAUGCGGACGUGUACGAUGGAGCGCCAGCGGGGGUGCAGAUGUUCGGACGACGACUGCAGGAGGAGAAGAUGCUUGUUUUGGCGGAAUAUGUUGGAUCGGUUGUUAAGAAAUAGAUAGAGAAUUUAAGAGGC